GGUUGCUGGUCGUGGCAGCACGACAGACUAGCACGUAUAAUCUAGUCGUUUUUUUUUUUUGUAUAGAUAGAGAUUGUGCAACUCAGUUUCAAACCGAUACUUGGGAGUUUUGUGUAAACUGCAUGGUAUUGAACUUGUUGUCUGAUUCGUCUCGGUCAUUUUUAGAAAAGAAAACUUUUACCCGUGCCUCAUUCAGCUCUUGUUUAACGUACCGUCUCAGGUCUUCUUCAUUCAGGAGAACAACAUGUCACCAUGGAUUAAACAGAUUGGCUUUGUUUUUGUGGCAGUGUUCAUGUUGCCCUAUACAACAGAGUCAAAGAAAGAUGAAGUGCUGUACUGUUCAGCCUGCAUGGCGAUUGCAGAAGAACUGAACUAUUCAAUCAGUCAAACUGAUCCAAAAAAGACGAUUCAUGUUGGUGGAUUCAGACUCAACCCCGAUGGAAGUCUGAAUGAUAAAAAGGUUCCUCUUGCUAGGUCAGAGACUCACUUAACCGAAUUGCUGGAAGCAGUUUGCAAAAGCAUGAGCGAUUACGCUCUCUAUGAGGACCCGGUCACCAAAGAAAAGAGCUACAAGAGAUUUGCACCUAGAGGAAAUGAUGGUGGGAAUUUUCCAGAUUUCAAACAUUUUAAGUUUGAUGGGCCGGAGAGUUCCAGUGCUAUGAAGUUUGCGUGUGAAAGCAUUGUUGAAGAGCUGGAAGAUGAUAUCAUCUCUCUCUUCACCAGUGAGACGGACCAUGCCGCUAAGAAGUUGUGCAGUGAAGUAUCAGGUCACUGUAAGAGCUCUGCUUUCCAGCACAGUGAACUUUAGUUUUACAUUAGCAUCUGCUGGAGAACACCCAAAAACUUGGACCAGGAGAUCUCAAAUAUUUCCCCAAAAUGUUGUUUUGAUUGU